CCUCUGUCACCGGGAAUGUUUCAUCAACAGCCAGCAGAGAGGCAGCAGCUGGAGAGCUGAGCGGACAGAAGGUUCCAGAAUCUCACAGCACGGAUCAGGAAGUGUGUGACAGCGAGAAAGUUCCAGCGUCUUCUGGAACAGCCCUGAAGAGGGGCAGUGUCGAGGGGGCAUCUUCCCAAGCUGGUGUUCCCUUGUUUCUGGAAAGACCCCAGUCUGGGACAGUGACUGUCGGGUCGGACAUUAUCUUCACCAGCCGUGUCCAGGGCACCAACAUUCUGAAGAAGCCUAUGGUGCGAUGGUUCAAAGGCAAGUGGAUGGAUGUGUCCAGUAAAACCGGAGCUCAUCUCCAGCUGAAGGAGACAUACGAUCGUAACAGCAAGGUCUACACGUUUGAGAUGCAUAUCAUACAGGCAAAAAGCAACGAUGCAGGAGGUUAUCGCUGUGAAGUGACUGACAAGGAUCGGUUUGAUUGCUGCAACUUUGAAUUGACUGUUCAUG